AAGGUCCCCUAGAUGCAAUUGAUCGCCAAGUGGGUACUCGAGUAUUUCAAAGGUACGAAGCGCUCGGAGAGGACCUGGGAAAUCCAACGUUCAUCGCGUUCACCUUGCAUACUUUCCGUCAGCCACUCCGACAGCAUUUGAUACGUCCGGAUACUUGCCUUCUGAUUGGACCAUACUCAACCGGCGAGCCUAAACAAGCAGUCAGCUAGAAGCCCUAUAUACCAUCUCUUCGAUUACCUCUGAACCAGAUCUUCUACGGCAGUAACGUUCGGACCCAAUAUGCUUCAGGUGUCAUCUCAAGAGGAUACCACAACGCUCCUUAGACCCACACUUCUAGAGAGGUUUAUAUCCCGGUCCAAGCAAUUUUUUGGACCUGGAGCUUCCGAAGACAAUAAUCUUGUGCUCCCAGAAUAUACUGCAGUUGAAAUCCACGAUUGCGUAACGGACAAAAUCUACGUCGAUGAAUCCGAAAUCCCCAAAGAAGAGGCCAUCACCUUCGAAACAUGGACUAGGCCACGCCCUCUUCCCACGUCCUCAGAGGUCCGCGCACAGUCAAUGGAAAAGGAACAUGUCUUGAGUAAAGCCAGAGGUGUAACCGUUGUACGAUUCCCUUCCCUUAAUUUAGUUGCCAAGUUCGGGACACAAGGGACCGCUGAAGGCCAAAUGCUCUGGUUUCUUCGGCGCAAGACAACCGUCCCUGUCCCCGAAGUCUAUGGAUGGUAUCGCGAAGGCUAUGAGACAUUCAUCUUCAUGGAAUACAUUGAUGGUGUGACAUUGGACGAUGUUUGGGAUGACCUCCAGCAUGCGACGAAGGAAUCCAUAGCCAAGCAGUUGGUUCCCAUACUGGCUUCACUGAGGCAGGUAAGACUACACGAAGCCUAUGUCGGGGGUAUCUGUCAUCGGCUUCUCCUUGAUCAACUAUUUAUAAUGCGUUCAACCAACAAAGGACCCCUUCCCUCCAUCGAGUCAUUCAACGAUUACUUCAUGGAUGUAGGCGAUGGCUUACCCGGGUAUCCUCACGCUUAUGUGGACUUUCGUAAUGCACUCCCGAACCGGACUGACAUCGUCCUGACACAUUCCGAUCUUCAUCCGGGCAACAUCAUGGUUACACCGGACGGUAGCAAGGUCCUCGCCAUCAUUGACUGGGGAAAUGCAGGCUGGUACCCUGCAUUCUGGGAGUAUGCCAAGUCUCGAAUGAUGUGUCAGGCUCUUGUGGGGUGGGCAGAUUUCAUUGCAAUCUGCCUCACUCCUUUUGAGGAAGUUUGGGAGGUUUUGUCUUUCUAUGAAAGUUGUGGAAUUCUAAUCUGAUUCCUACGCUACGACGUGAUGUCAGCGCUGUCCGGGUUUGGGCAUCAAUGAGAGUUCGAGAGGCCCAUGCAAAUGACUGUUCACUAUCGCUGGACAAUCUCAGUAUAGCAGAUUCCGAGAUUUCGUGUUGAUUGCAUUAAGCGUCAUGAAAGGAUUCAUUUAUAGUCCUUCAACGCUUCCAAGUCACCCAGAUCUUUCAAUAAGCAUUUAACCCGGCCGCUUUUUCAUAAAAUACUUAGGAGCGGCAGCCAGAAAAACCUUGAUUUGAGGCCUAAAUAAUCUAUGUACUAAUGAGUGCUGUAUCUUUAGGCAGAAGUCUCGUGGUCUUGGACGGCUGCAUGUACGGUACUUUUGAAUACAGGCUAUUUCUUU